CGGAGCCAAAACAACCGCCCGCCGUUUGCUCGGUGACUGACCGCCUGUUAGGGGCCGGGAACCGCAGCAGCUCAGUGAGAGAAUCCGGAGGACAGAACCGGAGGAGCGAGCACCCCGGAUCAGCAGCCUCAUCAGAGAGACUGCGUGUCGGUGAGAUGUUAGCAGAGGAGCGGAGCGGAGAGCACCGAGCUGCCCGCUGAUCCGCACCGAUCAACGGUAACCGUCCGCCGGCGCUCAACCUGCCGGGAACCAGCAGCUGCUACCCGGUCAGCCCGUUAACCGAGCCGCCACUGAUGGAGGCGGACCGCUACUAACAGGCUAAUAGCGUCCCGGUGCUGGAGGUCCGGAGCGGGUAAUGGCCACCAUGCUCUCCUCAUGGUGAGCUACACCCAACGGUCCGCUGCUAGCCGCUGAGCUAACGGCUAGCUCUCCAUGUAGCGGUCGAGGAUGGUCACAGCGACAGCGGCUGCUCUGGAGGAUCGCCCUGGAUGUUCUGAGGCUCUCGGCUCGGCGCGCCCCGCUGGACCCGGACAGUCCGUCUCAGCGUUCAUGUAAACCGUGGAACCGAGCGUGUGUGUCCGGGUGCGGCGCUCAGACCCGCGGCAGCAGCAGACAUGCAGGCGGCCCAGCUGCUGUACGACUUCUUCAGUGAGGACAACACACCGAAGUGGAGAGGCCUGCUGGUGCCUUCCCUGGAAAAGGUACUGAACCAGGUGCAUCCUAACCUGGUCUCCCAGCAGGAGGCGCUGCAGUACAUCGAGGAGCUGAUCCUGCUGCUGCUCAGCAUGUUGUGUCAGGCUCAGCCUCGCAGCGUGCAGGACGUGGAGGAGCGUGUCCAGAAGAGUUUUCCUCACCCCAUCGAUAAGUGGGCAAUUGCUGAUGCUCAGGCUGCUAUCGAGAAGAGGAAGAGGAGGAACCCGCUGGCUCUACCUGUCGAUAAGAUCCACCCCCUGCUCAAGGAGGUGCUGGGCUAUAAGAUCGACCACCAGGUGUCGGUCUACAUGGUGGCUGUGUUGGAGUACAUCUCAGCUGACAUCCUGAAGCUGGCAGGAAACUACGUGAGGAACAUCCGACACUAUGAGAUCUCCAAGCAGGACAUCACUGUGGCCAUGUGUGCAGAUAAGGUGCUGAUGGACAUGUUCCACCAGGACGAGGAGGACAUCAGUGGGUUCCCUCUGAUGGACGAGGAGCCAUCAGCAAAUGAGGAGCAGAGUUACUAUGAGCUGGUGCGGAGCUUCAUGGCGGACGGUCGACAGUACGUGAGGCAGCUGAACCUGCUCAUCAAGGUGUUCAGGGAGCCCUUCAACUCCAGCCACAUGCUCUUCUCCCAGCACGAUGUGGACAGUAUCUUCAGCCGGAUCGUGGACAUCCAUGAGGUGACGGUGAAGCUCCUGGGUCUGAUCGAGGACACGGUGGAGAUGACUGAUGAAGGAAGUCCUCACCCUCUGGUAGGGAGCUGCUUCGAGGACCUGGCUGAGGAGUUGGCCUUCGACCCCUAUGAGACGUACGCUCAGGACAUCCUGCGCUCAGGUUUCCACGAACACUUCCUCAGUCAGGUGUCCAAACCAGGAGCCGCCUUCCACCUGCAGUCCAUCUGUGAAGGCUUUAAAGAGGCCGUUCAGUACGUUCUGCCCAGACUGCUGCUCACUCCUGUUUACCACUGCCUACACCUGUUCGAGAUCCUCAAGCAACUGGAGGAGAAAAGUGAGGAUGAGGAGGAUAAAGAGUGUCUGAAACAGGCCAUCACUGCUCUGCUCAACCUGCAGAGCAGCAUGGAGAGGAUCUGCUCCAGGAGCCUCGCCAAGAGAAGGCUGAGUGAGUCGGCGUGUCGCUUCUACAGCCACCAGAUGAAGGGGAAGCACCUGGCCAUCAAGAAGAUGAACGAGAUCCAGAAGAACAUCGACGGCUGGGAGGGGAAGGACAUCGGCCAGUGCUGCAACGAGUUCAUCAUGGAGGGCACGCUGACCCGCGUCGGCGCCAAACAUGAGCGCCACAUCUUCCUGUUCGACGGCCUGAUGAUCUGCUGCAAGUCCAACCACGGCCCGCCGCGGCUCCCCGGGGCCGGCUCCACCGCAGAGUACCGCCUCAAGGAGAAGUUCUUCAUGCGCAAAGUCCAGAUCAACGACAAGGACGACAAGGAGGGCGAGUACCGGCACGCCUUCGAGAUCAUCCUGAAGGAUGGCAACAACGUGGUGUUCGCCGCCAAGUCCGCCGAGGAGAAGAACGGCUGGAUGGCAGCGCUGAUCUCGCUGCAGUACCGCAGCACACUGGAGCGCAUGCUAGACUCGGCCCUGCUGCAGGAGGACAAGGAGGAGCAGGUGAGGCUACCGGGGCCUGAGCUGUACCGCUUCUCGGAACCCGACUCCGAGGAGAACGUCGUGUUCGAGGAGAACGUCCAGUCCAAGUCCGGGAUCCCCAUCAUCAAAGCAGGGACAGUCCUGAAGCUCAUCGAGAGGCUCACCUUCCACAUGUAUGCAGAUCCGAACUUCGUGAGGACCUUUCUGACCACCUACCGGUCCUUCUGUAAACCUCAGGAGUUGCUGGAUCUGCUCAUGGAGAGGUUUGAGAUCCCGGAGCCGAGGCCGACCGAUGUGGACCAGAUGGAGGGAGGAGAGCAGCCGCUCAGCGCUGAACUCAAACGGUUCCGGAAAGAGUUUGUUCAGCCGGUGCAGCUCAGGGUGCUCAAUGUGUGUCGACACUGGGUGGAACAUCACUUCUACGACUUUGAGAGAGACGCUCACCUGUUGAAUCGACUGGAGGAGUUCAUAGCUUCAGUCAGAGGUAAGGCGAUGAGGAAGUGGGUGGAGUCAAUCACUAAGAUCAUCCAGAGGAAGAAGCAGGUCCAGGUGAGUGUUCCGAGUCACAGCAUCACCUUCCAGAACUCCCCGCCCCCCAUCGAGUGGCACAUCUGUAAACCCGGGAACACCGAGCAGUUCGACCUCAUGACGCUGCAUCCCAUCGAGAUCGCACGCCAGCUCACCCUGCUGGAGUCCGACUUCUACAGGGCGGUGCAGCCGUCUGAGCUGGUCGGCAGCGUCUGGACCAAAGAGGACAAAGAGAUCCACUCUCCCAACCUGUUGAGGAUGAUCCGACACACCACCAACCUCACACUGUGGUUGGAGAAGUGUAUCGUAGAGACGGAGAACCUGGAGGAACGAGUCGCUGUUGUUUCUCGGAUCAUAGAGAUCCUGCAGGUCUUUCAGGAACUCAACAACUUCAACGGCGUCCUGGAGGUCGUCAGUGCGAUGAACUCCUCACCUGUCUACAGACUGGAUCACACCUUUGAGCAAAUUCCAAGUCGCCAGAGGAAGAUCCUGGAGGAGGCCCAUGAGCUGAGUGAGGACCACUACAAGAAGUACCUGGCCAAGCUGCGCUCCAUCAACCCCCCCUGUGUGCCCUUCUUUGGAAUCUACCUGACCAACAUCCUGAAGACGGAAGAGGGAAACCCUGACUUUCUGCGGCGCCACGGCAAAGACCUGAUCAACUUCAGCAAGCGACGGAAAGUAGCCGAGAUCACGGGAGAGAUCCAGCAGUACCAGAACCAGCCGUACUGCCUGAGGGGCGAGGCCGACAUCCGGAAGUUCUUCGAGAACCUGAACCCGAUGGAUGACCUGUCUGAGAAGGACUUUGCCGAUCACCUGUUCAACAAAUCUCUGGAAAUCGAGCCGAGAAAUGCUCGCUCGCUUCCGCGGUUUGCGAAGAAGUACAUCUGUCCGCUGAAGUCUCCGGGGAUCCGCCCCACCUCCGCCCGGCCCGGCACCAUGCGCCACCCGACGCCGCUGCAGAACGAGCCGAGAAAGAUCAGCUACAGCCGAAUCCCCGACAGUGAGGCCGAGGGCGGCGCAGUCUCCGCCCCCAACUCCCCCCGCACGCCCCUGACUCCACCCCCCGCCUCCGCCGCCUCCAGCUCCACAGAUGUAGGCAGCGUGUUCGACUCACCACAGGGCCCCAGCAGCCCCUUCCACUCCACCUGCGACAGCAUCUUUGCUGUGGUCUCUCUGCCUCACGGUCCACGGUCCUCCUCGGUCUCCUCCAUGGUGAGUUUUAGUCGAGGUUCUGAAGAUGUUCCGGUUCCUCCUCCGGUUCCUCCUCGCAGACGACCAGAGUCUGCUCCUGCAGAGUCCUCCCCCUCCAAGAUGAUGUCGAAGCUGGACAGCCCCCCUGCCGUCCCACCUCGUCAGCCCACCUGUAAGCUCCUCCCACCUCGCUACUCGUCAUCGCUGUCGUCGUCGUCGCCCCCGGACAGCCCUCCCUCGCUGCCCCCCCGGGAGCCCCUCAGCUCCCCCCUGCACCUCCUGCCCCCCCCCCAGGGUCGCCCCCGCUGCGACCUCCUGCCCCAGGCCUUCUUCCCCUCCACCACCUCCGCCUCCAUCUGCCCCGCCCCCUCAGCCCCGUCCUCCUCCCCGCCCCUUCCUCUCCCCACCCCCGCCACCCCCACCUCCAGGAAGAUGCCCCUCCCCCUGCCCUCCCCGCCCCUCCCCCUCCUACCCCUGGACGGCCCCCCGGUGCCCCCCCGUUACGGCGUCCCCAAACUGCCCCCAAAGACCUACAAGAGGGAGUCCAUGGGUCACGCCCCCCUGCUGGACACGCCCCCUGCACUGUGAUGGACACCCUCGGGGGGCUGCUGAUUGGACAGCCUGCAGAGGAGGCGGAGCUAACACUACAGCUGAUUGGAUCAGAACAAACCAAUCAAUGGAUUGAAUCUCCUGAUGGACCAAUGAGGACGUACUGAUGGUUUCUCGUGGACCCUGAAGGCGUCUGCAGAACCUUCAGAACCUUUGAGAACUUUCAUGUGUUUGUGGUCGGUUCUUCUUUUGUGUCUGUCGUCUGUGAACUGGACCUGAUGGGACCUGAUCACCUGAACAGGGAAGGGUUCUGGGUAACGUGGUUCUCUACAGACUGAAGAGGUGUCAGGAACCCUCAGGUACUGCAGCAGAACCCCAGAGGUACUGUAGUGGUUCUGCUGGACCUCGUGUUGUUUGUCUCUGAUUGUUGAUGAAGAUGUAAACAAACGUGAUGAUGAUCGGUUCUUAAAAACAAGGGAAUAAACAUGUUUCUACCACUGAGCUGGAAGGAA